AACAUGUCUGUUGUUUCUCAUUUAGUUUUUCUAGUUAGAUUUAAAAUGAAGACCAUUCUCAGCAACCAGACUGUUGACAUCCCUGACAAAGUUGACAUUCGUCUGAAGGGCCGGACUGUUAUUGUGAAGGGCCCCAGAGGAACCCUGCGACGGGACUUCAACCACAUCAAUGUAGAACUUUCUCUCUUGGGAAAAAAACGCAAGAAGCUGCGUGUUGACAAAUGGUGGGGUAACAGAAAGGAGUUAGCCACAGUUCGCACCAUUUGCAGUCAUGUGCAAAACAUGAUCAAGGGUGUCACACUGGGCUUUCGUUACAAGAUGAGGUCUGUAUAUGCUCACUUCCCCAUCAAUGUGGUUAUACAGGAGAAUGGCUCACUUGUGGAAAUCCGUAACUUUCUUGGGGAGAAGUAUAUCCGUCGGGUGCGCAUGAGGCCAGGUGUCAAUUGUGCGGUAUCUCAAGCCCAGAAGGAUGAGCUGAUUCUUGAAGGAAAUGACAUUGAAUUGGUAUCUAACUCUGCUGCCUUGAUCCAGCAGGCUACUACAGUCAAAAACAAAGAUAUCAGAAAAUUCUUGGAUGGUAUCUACGUGUCUGAAAAGGGAACAGUACAACAGGCAGAUGAAUAAACUCUUCAAUUCUGAAAUGACCACCCAGGACUGAACACCUACAAACCAGAUUCAGAGUCUGCUGUAUAAGAUGAACAAUAAAAUAUCUUUAAUAAGCUGUGUUUGCGAUUUAAUACUAA